AUGUCAACUGUCAAGGAACAGCUUAUAGAGAAUCUAACUGCAGAAGAUAAGAUCUCUCAGCAUAAAGUCACCAUAGUUGGAGCAGGUGCUGUAGGCAUGGCCUGCGCUAUUAGCAUUUUAUUGAAGGAUUUGGCUGAUGAACUUGCCCUUGUUGAUGUUGAAGCAGACAAAUUGAGGGGAGAAACGAUGGAUCUUCAGCAUGGCAGCCUUUUCUUUAAUACGUCAAAGAUUGUGUCUGGACAAGAUUACAGUAUAUCUGCAAACUCCAAACUAGUUAUUGUCACAGCAGGUGCACGGCAGCAGGCGGGAGAAAUUCCUUUAUGGAGUGGGGUGAACGUUGCUGGUGUUCCUCUGAAAAGCCUGAACCCUAACUUAGGAAGUGAUUCAGACAAAGAACAGUGGAAGAAUGUCCAUAGACAAGUUGUUGAAAGUGCUUAUGAGAUUAUCAAGCUGAAGGGAUAUACUUCCUGGGCUAUUGGCCUAUCUGUGGCAGAUCUGUCAGCAUCAAUUUUGAAAAAUCUUAGACGAGUGCAUCCAGUUUCUGCUAUGGUUAAGGGCUUAUAUGGAAUAAAAGAAGAAAUUUUUCUCAGUGUCCCUUCUGUCUUGGGGCGGAAUGGCCUAUCAGAUAUUGUAAAAGUUAACUUGAAUCCUGAGGAAGAGGACCUUUUUAAGAAGAGCGCAAACACACUUUGGGAUGUGCAAAAAAACCUCACAUUUUAA